AUGAUUGACAACGACAUCAUCGCGAAGAUAAAAGAAGGCGAGCCGACCGCAUGGGUCAAUUCGUUAGUAUACAAAAGGAAGUCCAACGGACGACUACGGCUAUGCCUUGACCCGAAAGACCUCAACGAGGCAAUCCUCAGAGAACAUCACGCAACAUCCACAUUAGAAGAAAUUCUUCCUAAGCUCAGCGGAGCGAAGCUGUUUUCCAUAGUCGACGUCAAAUGCGGCUACUGGAACGUAAUGCUAGAUGAAGAAUCCAGUUACCUUACAACAUUCAACUCACCUUACGGAAGGUACCGUUUCAAGCGAAUGCCUUUUGGACUGAAAAUGUCGCAAGAUGUUUUCCAAACGAGAAUCGAUCAGACAUUUGAAGGGUGUAAAGGCGUGAUUGGAAUUGCAGACGACAUCGUAAUCUUCGGCAAAAACGAGGAAGAUCACGAYUCCAACAUGCAUGGCAUGUUGAAAAGAUGUAGAGAGGCAGGAGUAAAGCUCAAUCCAGAUAAAUGCUUCAUCAAGCAAGAUAGCAUUAGAUUCUAUGGAAUCAUCUGUGGUCCAGACGGAAUCAAACCAGACCCCGACAAAGUGUCUGCACUCAAGCAAAUGAAUCCGCCAACAAACAAGCAAGARCUUCAAACGUUCUUAGGAAUGGCAAACUACAUGGCACCGUUUAUUCCCAGCCUUAGUACCUUAACCGCACCACUGCGUGAACUGAUAAAGAAAACUAGCGUCUUCAAAUGGAAUGCAACAUACCAAGAAGCGUUAGACAAAGUUAAGGAAUCAAUAAGUAAAGAAGUCACCUUGACCUACUUUGACCCCAACAAGGAAACGAUCCUACAGGCCGACGCAUCCCAGAAAGGUCUAGGAGCAACGUUACUACAAGAAGGCAAGCCCAUCGCGUUCGCGAGCAAAGCACUUAACGAAACAGAGUCACGCUAUGCGAACAUCGAACGAGAACUGUUAGCUKUGGUAUAUGGAUGCGAAAGAUUUCACUCCUACCUAUAUGGACGACCGUUCAAAGUCCACUCAGACCAUAAGCCCCUGGAGAGCAUACAUCUCAAACACUUAAUGUCAGCGCCACCSCGACUGCAGAGAAUGCUGCUGCGUUUGCAACCAUAUGAUCUUGUAAUCCAAUACAGACCCGGAAASCASAUGGAGAUCGCUGAUGCUCUAUCCAGAUUGUCUCCUGAAGAGAAGUACCCCAUACCAGACAUGAACGUAGGAAUCCAUCUGGUGUGUCCACAGUUCAGUAACAACAUGCUAGACAGAAUCAAAGACUCCACCAGCAAAGACCACGAACUAAAAGUUCUGAAGGAACAAGUCUACCAAGGAUGGCCUAACCUUAUUAAGGAAGUACCUGAAAUCUUGAAGCCCUACUGGUCAUACCGAGACGAGAUUGCCCUAGAAGACGGAAUAAUGAUGAAGGGUCACCGAAUCAUCAUUCCUAAAGAGAUGCAACCAGAAAUAUUACUAAAACUCCACGCAUCACACCAAGGAACAGAGAAGACGAAGCUUCGGGCGAGAACCUCAGUCUAUUGGAGAGAUCUCAACAAAGAUAUUGACAACCUCACCAAAUCGUGCGAAAUCUGCCAAGAACUACAGAAGAGUCAACAAAAGCAACCACUUAUCCAAACGGAAGUCCCACCACGUGCGUGGCAUACCGUUGCGACHGAUUUAUUCUAUCUAGAUGGAGAUGAAUACCUACUUAUGGCUGAUUACUACUCCAAYUACACAUUCGUCAGAAAAUUACCCAAGCAAUGUUCCAGUAAGAAGAUAAUAGAACUGACGAAAGAAAUCUUCAGCGAACAUGGAAUACCCAAGGUUGUACGCUCAGACAACGGUCCCCACUACGAUAGUUACGCAUUCAAAGAGUUCGCAGAACAAUACGGAUUCCAACACAUCACAAGUUCUCCACACUACGCACCUAGCAAUGGUUUCAUCGAAGCACAAGUCAACACCGUGAAAAGGACCUUAAAGAAAGCACAAUCAACUAAUGCAGAUCCACACAUGGCGAUGCUAAACUUAAGGUCAACACCCAUUGACAACAAGCUACCAUCACCUGCAGAAAUUCUUUUGGGCAGACCAAUCCAAGAUAACCUUCCAAGGAAGAUAGCGAGAGCACCUUCAAGCAAUGAAGUUACAGAACGACUGUUACACAGARAACAACAGCAAAAGUACUACUACGAUAGAAGCUGCAAAGUUCUACCACCGUUACUUCCAAACCAGAAAGUUAACAUCCAAGAUCCKUCAACACUGAAAUGGACCCCAGCGACCAUACAGGACAAAGUUGAAGGCGUACCACGUUCUUAUAUAGUCACAAACGAUGCAGGAAGAACAUUGAGAAGAAACCGCAGCCACAUCAGGGAAUCAACCGAAGUUACGAAAGUCCCAGAGCAACUCCGGAUAACUGCAGAAUUACCCAAGACAGAACAGCCAAGAGAAGCCAUCGAGACAAAGACUAGGAGCGGAAGAGUUGUAAAGCCACCAUCCAGAUACGGAUUUUAA